GACUAAAUUAUAUUAAAAAUAAUUCAAGGAUUGUAAAAAACGAUUAGGCCUCUUUUACGAAAAUCGUUAAUUUGAAAGUUACUACUAAAGUUUUGAAAGUAUACGUUAACUUAAAAAUGCUACUUUUGCUCUAGAUAUUGAGUUCUUGGUGUUUAUUUGUAGAGUGGAAAUGUAAAAGGAGGAUUUUGAAAUAGAGAAGUUCCUAAAAUUCUUAAUGCUUCUCCCAACUUCAACCGCCAUUAAACCCUUACAAAGCCCUCUUAAUCAAAACAGCUUUCAACAAAACUACAAGCAAAUUUGCAACCUUCUUCUUUCCUUUACCCGUUCCCGAUCACUCCGUCAAGGCCUUCAGCUCCAUGCCCACAUCCUCAAAUUCGGAUUACAAACCAUUCCUGUCGUUUCCCAUCAUCUAAUCAACUUAUACUCCAAAAACCAAUUGCCACUUUUAUCUCUGCAGGUUUUUGAUGAAACCCCCAAAAAAUCUUCCACCACUUGGAGCUCUGUUAUCUCUGCUUUUGCCCAAAAUGAGGCCCCUUUGCUUGCUCUUCAGUUCUUUCGUCGAAUGUUGAAUGAUGGGGUUCGUCCUGAUGAUCAUAUUUAUCCCAGUGCCACUAAGGCUUGUGGGUUUUUGUGUAGAUGUGAAGUUGGGAAAUCAGUACAUUGUCUUGCUGUGAAGACCGGAUAUUAUUGUGAUGUGUUUGUUGGAAGCUCGUUGGUGGAUAUGUAUGCCAAAUGUGGAGAGAUUGGGGAUGCGCGUCAUUUGUUUGACGAAAUGCCUGAGAGGAAUGUGGUGUCUUGGAGUGGGAUGAUUUAUGGGUAUGCUCAAUUGGAUGAUGGUGUUGAGGCAUUGACAUUGUUCAAGCAAGCUUUGAUUGAGGAUGUUGAUGUUAACGACUUCACAUUCUCGAGUGUGAUUCGUGUUUGUAGUAGCUCCACACUUCUUGAAUUAGGGAAGCUGAUCCAUGGAUUAUGCUUGAAGAUGAGCUUUGAUUCCUCGAGCUUUGUUGGGAGUGCUUUGAUUUCUUUGUAUUCCAAGUGUGGGGUUAUUGAAGGGGCUUACCAAGUUUUUGAUGAGAUACCCACUAGAAAUCUUGGUUUGUGGAAUUCAAUGCUGAUAGCCUGCGCUCAACAUGCUCAUACACAGAGAGUGUUUGGUUUAUUUGAAGAAAUGGGAAAUGUGGGGAUGAAGCCGAACUUUAUUUCUUUUUUGUCUCUCCUCUAUGCUUGUAGCCAUGCGGGAUUGGUUGAAAAGGGACGAGAAUACUUCAGUUUAAUGAGAGAUUAUGGGAUUGAACCAGAAACUGAGCACUAUGCCUCCUUAGUGGACUUGCUUGGGCGAGCUGGAAAGUUACAAGAAGCAGUUUCCGUGAUCAAACAAAUGCCAAUGCGACCCACUGAAUCUGUUUGGGGAGCUUUGUUAACAGGGUGUAGAAUCCAUAAAGAUACAGAAAUGGCAUCUUUUGUGGCUGAUAGAGUAUUAGAAAUGAAUAGUACUAGCUCAGGUUUACACGUUUUGUUAUCUAAUGCAUAUGCUGCUGCUGGAAGAUACGAAGAAGCAGCCCGGAUGAGGAAAAUGCUGCGCGACCGAGGCGUGAAGAAGGAAACUGGUUUGAGCUGGGUUGAGGAGGGAAACAAAGUUCACACAUUCACUGCAGGUGAUAGAUCUCAUGCUAAAUGGGUAGAGAUUUAUGAGAAACUGGAAGAGUUGGAGGAGGAAAUGGAGAAAGCUGGCUAUGUUGCAGACACGAGUUUUGUGCUGCGGGCAGUCGACGGUGAGGAGAAAAGUGAGACUAUUCGAUAUCACAGUGAAAGAUUAGCCAUCGCAUUUGGACUCAUUACCUUUCCACCAGGAAGACCUAUAAGAGUUAUGAAGAAUUUGCGUGUUUGUGGUGAUUGUCAUGCAGCUAUAAAGUUCAUGUCCAAGUGCUGUGGAAGGGUUCUCAUUGUUAGAGACAAUAACAGAUUUCAUAGGUUUGAGGAUGGAAAAUGCUCAUGUGGUGAUUAUUGGUGAUUUGAUAUUUAAUUCAAGGAGGAGCUUACAACAUGA